AUGUCCAUUUGUGAAGAAAUUGGUAAGGACGUAUUUUCUAUAAUAGUAGACGAGUCUAGUGAUGUAUCAAAAAAGGAACAAAUGGCUAUGGUGUUGCGAUAUGUUAAUAUCCUUAUAAUUGUGAAGGAAAGAUUUAUUGGAGUUGUUCACGUGAAGGAUACAUCUUCUUUAUCUCUAAAAGAAGCCAUUGAUUUGGUAAGAGGGCAAGGAUAUGAUGGAGCAAAUAAUAUGCGGGGUGCAUUUAACGCUUUGAAAGCAUUGAUAUUGAAAGAUAACCCUUCGGCAUAUUAUGUACACUGUUUUGCACACCAACUUCAAUUAAUUGUUGUGGCUGUAGCAAAGAACCAUGAUGGUGCUAAAGAUUUCUUUGAGCAAUUAACUUUGGUGGUUAAUGUGGUGUGUGCUUCUUGUAAAAGAAAAGAUAUCAUACGGGAGAGUUACAAGGAAAGGGUUCAAAAAGAAAUUGGUAAUGGUGAAAUUGACACCGGAAGAGGUUUAAAUCAAGAGAUUUCUAUUGUUUGA